UCGAUAAGAAGACAACUUGUCACUGGCGAGGAGGAAGAAGCAUUUGGUUUUUAUCUUUGGAGCUUUCAUCAUUGGUAUCAUGAAACAGGCACGGAUGCUAUAGUUAACUUGUUUCAUUGAACAGAGCAUAAUGUAACGGGAUUCUAGUAAAGAAUGAUAAAGACAAGAAACACCCAAGAACGGAAGGACGUUUGUCUGUACCAAAGACUGUCAGUCAAAUAAGCUUCGAUCAAUCAAUUACUUUCUUGAUCGCCCACUCGGACUCCCCAGUUCUAUAUAAAACACACUGUGCACCGUUGAUUGGGUGAGCAGAUGUAAGUCGUUUUGGCUCUACCCAAAAAAUGGGAACUGUUGUUGAGGCUAAAGAUGGAAGAGAAAGCCGACGCUCGUCGAGACUAUCCCAAAAAGUAAUGAUUUUUGUGGUGGUGCUUGGGAUUUGCGUUGGAUUUUCCGUCUGUUUAGAGUUGUUGAGGGAAAGAGUAAGAGAACUAGAGGCUGAUGUCACUCGAUUGAGUGAAGUCGACAAGGACGGCCAUGAUCAAGCUGGUGCCUCCGGUCAAAGAAAUCGUCGAGAUUCACCCAUCCCUAACUUAGUUUCUUUGGACGAUGUUCGUAGAGAAAUUAAAGUGCGACUCAAAUCGCUAACAGCAUCGCAGCUGUGCUCACCUCAAGAGAAAAUAUGUGUACCAGGCCCCAGCGGUCCAAAAGGUGACAUGGGAUUCAGGGGACGACGUGGAAAAAAAGGAAACGCUGGGAACAAGGGGGACAAGGGUGAGAUAGGUUAUCCAGGAAUGAAAGGUACUCAGGGUUUACCAGGACCAUAUGGGUUGAAUGGCCAGCAAGGUCGCCCAGGUGAACCAGGCCUGAGAGGAGAGAAAGGAACCAAGGGCGAACGUGGUACAUGCAGAGGUAUGGCCUCGUGUAAUGGUUACCCUCCAAUGCCUGGACCAAAAGGCGAACCUGGUCCUGAGGGACCCCGUGGAUAUAAAGGUGAACGAGGACUCGAUGGGUUUGACGGUCCGAAAGGUAAUGAUGGGCUGCCAGGACCCAAAGGUGACAGGGGUGAGAAUGGUGCAUGUAAAAGAGGGGCUGCAUGCAAAGGGUUCAAAGGUGAACCUGGAAAUCCAGGACCUAAAGGCCAACCUGGAAUUGUAGGACCACAGGGCUUCAAAGGUAAUGAUGGAUACCCUGGGCUGCCAGGAGAAAAAGGUGAAACUGGACGGAAAGGAGACAACGGAGUGUGCACCAGAGGUGCCAGGUGCAGAGGGAUCAAAGGUGACCCUGGAAUGCCAGGACCAAAAGGAGAACCUGGAAUCACUGGACCCCGCGGCUACAAAGGAGAACAUGGCUACCCAGGAAUUAAGGGCCUUAAAGGUAAUUUUGGGUUCACAGGACUGACAGGUGAUCCUGGUCUCCCUGGAUCCCCUGGCUUUAAGGGUAAUCCAGGGAUCCCAGGAUUUGAUGGCCAAAAAGGUGAAACAGGGCUACCAGGAAGAAAAGGUGAACGUGGACAAAAAGGAGAUGAUGGAUCAUGCACAGGAGGUACCUCUUGCGUUGGUAUUAAAGGUAUUAAAGGUGAGCCUGGAAUACCCGGACAAGACGGAGUACCUGGAGUACCUGGACCAAUGGGUUUCCAAGGGCAACCUGGAAUAAAAGGCGCACCUGGAGAAGAAGGACCUGCAGGACCAAAAGGUCAGAAAGGAGAAAGAGGACAAAGAAACAUCAAUGCAUGUGGAGAUACACCACACAAAGAAAUGAUCCUAGCAGCUGGUGCCUCCAGUCAAAGAAAUCGUCGAGAUUCACCCAUUCCUCACUUUGUUUCCUUGGACGAUGUUCGUAGAGAAAUCAAAGUGCAACUCAAAUCGCUAACAGCAUCGCAGCUGUGCUCACCUCAAGAGAAAAUAUGUUUACCAGGCCCCAGCGGUCCAAAAGGUGACAUGGGAUCCAAGGGACGACGUGGAAAAAAAGGAAACGCUGGAGACAAGGGGGACAAGGGGGCCGAGGGUGAGUUGGGUUUACCAGGGUUCAAUGGCUUUGAUGGCCGGCGAGGUGAGCCAGGGCUGCAAGGACGCCCAGGUGAACCAGGGCUGAGAGGAGAGAAAGGAAUGAAGGGCGAACAUGGUACAUGCAGAGGUAUGGCCUUGUGCAAAGGUUACCCUCCAAUUCCAGGACCAAAAGGCGAACCUGGUCCUGAAGGACCCCGUGGAUACAAAGGCGAACGAGGACUCGAUGGGUUUGACGGUCCGAAAGGUAAUGCUGGGCUGUCAGGACCCAAAGGUGACAAGGGUGACAAUGGUACAUGUACAAGAGGGGCUGCAUGCAAAGGGUUCAAAGGUGAACCUGGAAAUCCAGGACCUAAAGGCCAACCGGGAAUUGUAGGACCACAGGGCAUCAGAGGUAAUGAUGGAUACCCUAGUCUGAAAGGAGAAAAAGGUGAAACUGGACAAAAAGGAGACAACGGAGUGUGCACCAGAGGUGCCAGGUGUAUAGGGAUCAAAGGUGACCCUGGAAUGCCAGGACCAAAAGGAGAACCUGGAAUCACAGGACCCCGUGGCUACAAAGGAGAACAAGGCUAUCAAGGAAUUAAGGGCCUUAAAGGUGAUACUGGGUUCACAGGACUGACAGGUGUUCCUGGUCCCCCUGGCUUUAAAGGUAAUGCAGGGAUCCCAGGAUUUGAUGGCAAAAAAGGUGAAACAGGGCUACCAGGAAGAAAAGGUGUACGUGGACAAAAAGGAGACAAUGGAUCAUGCACAGGAGGUACCUCUUGUGUUGGUAUUAAAGGUGAGCCUGGAAUGCCUGGACAAGACGGAGUACCUGGUUUGCCUGGAAUAGAGGGAUUCCGAGGGCCACCUGGAAUGAGAGGCGCACCUGGAAAAGAUGGACCUGCAGGACCGAAAGGUGAACCUGGUCAGAAAGGAGAAAGAGGACAAGUGGAAGCAGUUUAGGGUGGAUUGACGAAAAGGUGACCCUGCUGAGAAAGGAAGCAAAGGGAAGCUAUACCUCAUGACACAACAAACAUUUUUUUUAUUUCUAAUAUUCUUUAAGGUAACUACAGAUGAUUCCAAUCUCUUAAGGUCAAAAUGAUUUUAUGAAACAAAUUGUGAUCAGUUUUAACCCUAAACUGAAUAUAAGAAAACAGUGAUAAUUUUUUUU